AUGAAUCGAAUUGGUACUACAACCUCGGCUGCGGACCAUGCCGCAUCAACGAAAAAGAAAUACAGACGAGAAGGCGGGAGAUGGUCUCGAUCAGGUUGCUUGACAUGCAAGAAGCGCCGGAAGCGAUGCGAUGAGGCUAAACCGAGCUGCCAUACCUGCACUAGAUUAGGAAAGAAAUGUGAAGGAUAUGGAUCUAUGUGGGCAGAGCCUUUGGAUCCAUUUGCGCAAGUGUUUCAGUCGGAAGCGCAGAAACGGCGGAGGAUGAGUUCGUCUUUGCCAUGCAGCUCGGAUGGGGCUUCGGAAGAAAGUUCAGCAUUAUCGACUAUUUCGCCUGUGUUGGUGGACUUUGAUGACAAUCCUUCUUCAGAAAAUUAUGCCCUGAGCGAAGAAAUCAGUCAAUCAGAAUAUACACCCUAUGCAUCUCCCCAACCCAGCUUCUACCUAACCCACCUCACCCCUCUCGAAACCCACUACCUUCAAUACCAUGUCGAGCAAGGUUCCAAACUCCUUGCCAACCUUGAAACCACUGAGAACCCCCUCCGCUCUCUCAUCAUUCCGCGCGCAUUAUCCUCCCCACUCCUAAUGAAAGCCAUGUGCGCAUUGUCUGCGAUGCACUUUUCCAAUCGCUCUUUUGAUAGUUUCGGUGCCAGUGUCAGUGCACAGACAGCCGCGACGAAAUACUACAUUCAGACUAUGAAAGGGAUACGGGUGGCAUUAGCUGAAGAUCCUGGUAGAGGAGUUUCGGAUGAAGUGGUCCUGGCUGUUGGGCUUCUUUGCAAGUAUGAGAUUGUGCGCGGGAGCGUGAGGCAGUGGGCGGUACAUUUGGGGGCGUUACAGAGAUUAGUUAUUUCGAGGGGUGGAUAUGGUUCUUUAGAUCGGGACACGGCUGAGUAUUUGUGUGGAUUCUUUACAUACGCGCAUAAUGUAGCCAAACUUACCAAUCGACGACACAUCACCGGCAUCAUGCCGGAGGUCGACAGUGUGCGGAUCAGGAAACUCGAUAUCUAUAUCGGUUAUACAGAGGAUAUACUUAAGCUCUGCGCUAGAACAUCUGAUCUCCCAUUUUUAGACCCUUUAUCUCUACAAGCAGAAGUGGGCGAAAUUGAUGCCUCCCUCCAAACCUGGUCUCCCACAACACCAACAAACCAAUACAUAAUUCCGCCGGGAUUGACACCUUCUGUCCUACUCCGUCUGCAAAUGGUCGCAGAAUGUUUCCGCGAUGCAGCAUAUAUCUACCUCCAUUCCAUUCUCGAGCGCAUAUCCUCCAUAUACCCCAUCUCAACGUCCAAAGAAGAGGCCUUGCAGCGCUGUCUAUCCCGCAUAGAAACUUUCCAUCUCGACCCAGAGUAUUGUGAGUACUCAGCGUUAACGUUCCCACUGUUCAUUGCGGGAUGUGAGUGCCAGGCUACAGCAGAGAGGGACCUUGUUCUGAGGGCAUUGGGGGCGUUAGAGAGGAAUUUCGGAAUUGGGAAUGUUAGGAGGGCGAAAGAGAUAUUGAAUGUUCUUUGGAGUGAUAGCAGGGAGGGGAGGCAUUGGUUAGAUGUGUUGGAGGGCCUGAAGUGGGAUGUCAUUUUGGCGUAG